AUGGCUUCAGACGGGGAGGUCGACCUCUACGAUAUCCUUGAAAUCGAUAGAACAGCAACUCCCGACCAGGUCAAAAAGGCUUAUCGCAAGGCCGCCCUGAGAUUCCACCCGGACAAGGUUCCCGAGGACCAGCGUGAAGAGUCUGAGGCCAAGUUCAAAGAGGCCAGCCGAGCCUACGAGAUUCUCAGCGAUGAGGACAAGCGCCACCUCUACGAUACCCACGGCAUGGCUGCCUUUGACGGCUCCAGAGGCGGUCCCGGUGGCCCUGAAGUCGACCUGAACGAUAUCCUGUCCCAGAUGUUUGGAUUUGGCAUGGGCGGUCCUGGAGGCCCCGGCGGCGGUGGACCCAUGAGGCCGCGCAAGGGACCCGACGAGGAGCAGGAGUACAAGGUCACGCUCGAGGAGCUAUACAAGGGCAAGACGGUCAAGUUCUCGGCCAACAAGCAGGUCGUCUGCAGCGUCUGCAAGGGUUCUGGCGGCAAGGAAAAGGCCAAGCCCACGAGCUGUGAUCGCUGCAAAGGCCACGGCAUGGUCGAGGCUAUCCGCCAGAUCGGCCCUGGCAUGAUGCGCCGCGAGACUGUCUUGUGCGAUCACUGCACGGGAUCCGGCAAGGUCUACAAGGAGAAGGACAGGUGCAAGAAGUGCAAGGGCAAGCGGACGACACAGGAGAAGAAGGCGCUCGAGAUUUACAUCCCCCGAGGAUCCAUGCAGGGCGAGCGCAUUGUCUUGGAGGGAGAGGCCGAUCAGUAUCCUGACCAGAUCCCCGGUGACAUCAUCUUCACCCUGGUUGAGGAGCCACACGAUGUCUAUUCUCGACUCGGAAACGAUCUAUCCGCAGAGCUGACGGUGUCUCUGAGCGAGGCGCUGACCGGCUUCAACCGCGUGGUGCUGAAGCAUCUGGAUGGCCGCGGCAUCCAGCUGAACCGACCUCGGGGCAAGGUCUUGAGACCGGUGGACUGCAUCAAGAUCCCUGGCGAGGGUAUGCCCCUGAAGCGGGGUGAGGCCAAGGGAGACCUGUAUCUCUUGGUCAAGGUUGAGUUCCCCGAGGAUGACUGGCUGAAGGACGAUUCUGCGUACGAGACGUUGGUAAACAUUCUGCCACCAGCGCUGCCCGCCGUGGAAGCUGAGGAGAUUGACGAAGUCGAGUACGAGGAUGGCGCCGACAUUGAAGAGAUGGGCGCUGACCAGGGCGAUCCUCGAUUCGCCCACGACUGGGAAGACGACGACGAGCCCGGUGACGGCCAAGCACAAUGCGCCACCCAGUAA